GUGAACGACGAACCGAAGGCAAAUGGAUAGUGGUCCUCGUCUCGCGACGCAGCGAUCUUGUGCCUGCCUGCCUCUCAACGUCGGCGACUGGUGCGGCAGCCGGCGGAGGACCGCCGGGUUCGCCCGGAUGCCGGACGGCGAAUACGACGACGAGUGUGCUCCACUCGCGCGCCAUUCGGCCCGGUCCUCCGCCACGAGGCUGCGGGGGCUGUGGCGGCGGAUCAUGAAGGAGAAGAGGAGGAUCUUUAACCCGGCGUCUCCGGCGCCGAUGGCUUACGAUCCACACACCUAUGCGCAGAACUUUGACGAAGGGUCGGCGUUGGCGGAGCCGGAGGACUUGUCCCGGUCCUUCUCCGCCAGGUUCGCCGUCCCCUCGAGAGUGCUGCAGAGAAUAAGGCUCCCCAUGACAUCCGGGAGAUGGGUCAACUCUCCAGUUGGAAUUGUCGCAAUGACCCGCUUGGCCAAUUGCCUGAAUCCAAAGGUGGCGGAUCCCAUGUCGACGGCACGGGGUCUACCGCUCUCGAGAGGGAAGACUUACCACCAGCUUUGGGUGAUUACUAAUCAUCGUCUUACUUCUCUCAUGGAAUCUCAUUAGCCAUCAAAUAUGAUGGUUCUUUUAAUACCUCUUCAAGCAUUAUUAAAUAGUGAGGCAUCAUGGAUAUAUACCUCUUAAAGCAAUUUUUGCUUUCCACGUUGAA